AUGGAGUUCAAGGUCACCAAUCGCUUCCUCAGUGACCUGGAACAAGCCAUCACCUCUCCUUCCGGUGCUGCUCGCCUUCCUUCCUGCUUCUUAGAACGUGACCUGGACCGUGGCCGAACGCAGUGCCGCUUCCUGCUCAACACAGAUGGUGGCUCUGAAGCUCCUGUGCUCACAGGCCAAGACCUGACCUUCUGGGAGGCGUCCUUGCCACCGCCACGCGUGCCUUCGGACCCUUUAACCCCGGGACUCUCACUAGAGCCUCCGGGUGACCCAAAGGAGAAGAGCAAGGCCAAGUCGCAGCUCAAGUCCUUCGCAAGGAAGUCUCAGAAGGUCUUGAGCAAGGUCAAAACACCUGUUGUGCUUAGUAUGCGCAGCUCAGGCAAGAGCGCAAAGCAUGAGGCACCGGCGCAAAGCCUAUCUGACUCAGAACGGAAGGAGAAAUCUCAUCACAGAUCUUCAUCAGUUCCUUCUCAUCGCGGCUACCAGCGAUGCGGCGCAGCAGCAGCAGCAAGUGCCUGGGACGUACCAAUGAUACCUUCUCCAUCUGCAAAGACAACUGCAAGGCAGUGGAUGCCAUCCCUGCGAUCUGGACGGAAGCAAUCCCCAAAUGGAAGGAGUUUUUGA